AUGCUCCUAGUCGCUCUUAAUGAGCCUGAGGUAGAAGAAAAACUUGAGUCUGGACAAGGCAAAACAACAGUCCGCCGUUUCUUGUCUAGAUUUUGUACACCAAUAUUUUUGGAGUCAUUCAUUUUAACCUUUCUAGCAGAGUGGGGUGAUCGUAGUCAGAUAGCUACAAUUGCUCUCGCCACGCACAAAAAUGCUCUUGGAGUUGCAGUAGGGGCUAUUCUAGGACACACGAUAUGUACGUCCCUGGCUGUGGUUGGAGGAAGCAUGCUAGCAUCUAAGAUCUCGCAAGGAACAGUUGCAACAAUUGGGGGCCUUCUUUUCCUCGGUUUUUCCUUAUCGUCAUAUUUCUAUCCUCCCCUAUAA